CUGGGGGACGCCAAAGGCAGCCCCUUUUCCGAAGGAAAGUCGGCUGUUGACUGUAGGAUGGGUGGAAAAGUUCGGUGCCGACCAGCGAAAGGCGGCGCGUCUGGAGAGGUGGGGCCCCGAGGUGACCUGCGCCGCCUCGAAACGCCCCCACCCCCCGCGGUCGAAGUGGUUCCGCCCGAGAACUUUUCAUUCAUAAAAAGAAAAGACUCUGCGAGGCGCGAGUGAGUCAGAACCCCUGCCGCCGACGCGGACCCCACAGAGCAGCCAGCCCAGGGCAUGUACCGAGACUUCGGGGAACCCGGACCGAGCUCCGGGGCCGGCAGCGCGUACGGCGGUCCCGCGCAGCCCCCCGCCGCGGCGCAGGCAGCAGCUCAGCAGAAGUUCCACCUCGUGCCAAGCAUCAAUGCUCUGAGUGGCAGCCAGGAAUUGCAGUGGAUGGUACAGCCUCAUUUCCUGGGGCCCAGCAGCUACCCCAGGCCUCUGACCUACCCUCAAUACAGCCCCCCACAACCCCGGCCAGGAGUCAUUCGGACCCUUGGGCCACCUGCAGGGGUGCGUCGCAGGCCCUGUGAACAGAUCAGCCCGGAGGAGGAAGAGCGGCGGCGAGUGAGGCGCGAGCGGAACAAGCUGGCCGCGGCCAAGUGCAGGAAUCGCAGGAAGGAACUGACUGACUUCCUGCAGGCGGAGACUGACAAACUGGAGGAUGAGAAAUCUGGACUGCAGAGAGAGAUUGAAGAGCUACAGAAGCAGAAGGAGCGUCUGGAGCUGGUGCUGGAAGCUCACCGCCCCAUCUGCAAAAUCCCAGAGGGAGACAAGGAGAGGGACACAGGCUGUACCAGCAGUACAGGGGGCACCAGCAGCUCACCAGCCCCCUGCCGCCCUGUACCUUGCAUCUCCCUUUCCCCAGGGCCUGUACUUGAACCUGAGGCCUUGCACACCCCCACACUCAUGACUACACCCUCUCUGACCCCUUUUACCCCCAGUCUGGUCUUCACCUAUCCCAGCACCCCUGAGCCCUGUGCCUCAGCUCAUCGAAAGAGUAGCAGCAGCAGUGGAGACCCAUCUUCUGACCCCCUGGGUUCUCCCACCCUCCUCGCUUUGUGAAGCACCCAGCGCCAUCCCCUGCAGGUGCUAUCCUAGUCAACAUCUCCUUUUCCCCCAUUAGUCCAGCUGGCCUGGACCAUAUCCCAUGCCCAAUACCAGCAGGUUCUUCUCCAUCCUUCCAGAUGAGACUGAGCAUAUUUUGCUUUGCAGUAGAGCCAGCCUGGGGCCACCAAAGCUGCCCACUGUUUCUCUAGAGCUGGCCUCUCCAUCACAAGUUGCACUAAAUCAGAAACAAAAUAUUUCCCAUUUUUGACAGAGAAAUUCUGGCAGCUCCUAACCCCUUCUAGACCACACCUACUAUACUUCAUUAUCCUGUAACCCAGCCAACCCUACCCCCUGACAGAAGGUGCUGUUUUACCAGCCUAGAACACUAAUUCACCCAGCCCACUGCCAGCAGCUCCAGGUGAUUGGACCAGAGCAUUCUGCCAGCCCCUCCUGAAUGGCACAGCUCAGGAGGUGUCAGAGGUUUCUGUGAUGAGCUGACUUGCAGCCCCCAGCUCUGAGAAGCCCUUAGCUCCAGGAAAUCCAAGCCUCCCAGAGAGGGCAGCUGCUAUUUAUUUUCCUAAAGAGAGUAUUUUUAUACAAACCUGCCAAAAUGGAAUAAAAGGCUUGAAGCUUUGGCCUGGAUGCCUGGUUGGAUCCAGAUGCUUUUAAAGAGACAAUUUGGGGUAAGAAGUUCUAGGUUCUGAUCUCAACUCCUGACUCACUGCAGUGACUUUGAUCAUAUUCUUGGCCCUCAACUGUCUUAUCUGAUAAACAGGGUUAUGUA